CUUGCUUGAAACAAGACAUUUGGAUUUUGGAAAAAGAAAAGGACUGGACUUGCAAAACCUUCGGUCGUAAAUCUUUAGAUUUAAAGCCUAAGAGUAAGAGUUUGCCAAAUGAAUGACAAUAUGUCCGUCGAGCAGGUGCAGACUGAAGACCUGAAGGCAUUUGAACAGAGAUUGACCGAGGUUGUUGGAUACCUUCGUCCGUAUGCAUGGAGAUGGACAGUGCUUCUGAUAGUGAUAGCUGUAUGUACAGCAUGUGGGGCCUGGUAUUGGCUAUUAGAUGAAGAAACAUCCAAGGUAUCUUUCAUUCAGUCUUUGAAGAAUCAUCCUUUCUUUGCCAGCAGUGGUUCUACACUUAUUAUUCUAUUUAUGGCAGGCAUUCAUAAAAGAGUGAUUUCACCAGCAAUAAUAACUGCAAGAUGUAGAAAAGUUCUCGCAAAUUUCAACAUGUCAUGUGACGAUACUGGAAAGCUUAUUUUGAAGCCACCUAGGAGUAGGAGUACACCCUACAGACCAAACACUCGAUGGCCUAAUGACCAACAGUCUGAUCAAACCACUCAUCAACACAACCAAUGAUCUACCAACCACACCUAGGUUUGCUAUUAACACUGUGAUACAACUAAGUGCAGUCUUGUUUCUGUGGUAGAGUGAAUGUUUUUGUAUCACAAGAUUAUCGUCUGUUUGGAGUCAGGAUGGUAUUAACUUUAUAUCUAUUGAAAUAUAUGAGUUAAAAGCUAAUCUUGAGCUCUGGUAUUGGAAUCAUAUUUUGAGAGAAAAUUGCUAUUAUUAGUCUGGAUUGUUCAUUUUGCAGUAGAUUGGUUGUUUGAACCAGUGAAAUAAAAACAAACACACCUUACCACAACCUAACAACUUACCGGCAUCAUCUUAGAUUUCUUUUUUAAACCACUCCCAUUUGCACAUAGUGACCCUUGUGUCAGGUCUACUUACCAGGAUUUUUCUUAUCUUUCUAUGCUUAUUUCUCGGCCACUAGAUUUUCUACAAAAUCUGUUUGGCACAUGUCAUUUAUUUGUAACUUGAACAUUUAGUGCAAGUUUUGUUAGAUUAUGUGAGAAUUUAUUUUCUUUAUUUACCAGAACUCAAGCUUAUCUUAAACCUCCUCCUGACUCUCACCAAAGGGUGUGCAUUGCAAUAGUUUUUCAAAUUCUUUUACUCUAGAAUCGUAGCCAGCAAAGGAUUCAUCACCUCAAGAAGUCUUCUUUUCAUGCUGUAAUGUUUUACAUUUGCUAUGAUUCACAUGGAGUUUUAGUAGUUAUAAAUAAAUUUGCCAGAAAUGAAUUUGGUUACAUAGCAAGACACACAAGGUAUGAUAAGACUCAACUCUUUCCUUUUUGAAAGACAUUUCAUGAAUAGAUGGCUAAAUGAUGAUCAAUAUUUGAAUGAUUUAAUUAAAUAGUGUAUCAUGUGGCGUAUAUAAACUGAAUAUACUUCUUUCAUUAUCUCUGUAUAGUUGUUAUAUUGAAAUGUAUUCAUGUUGAAUAUCUUAUGAGCUGCUAAACAUGACACUAUCUUUGUUUUUGUAUCACCUGAAACCCCCAACUGCAAUCGUUUACAUGAAAUCUAUCCAAUUUAAAAUCUCUUCUUAACAUCUAUUUAAAGUCUCUUGGUAAAAUGAAUUAAUUGGACAAGGGGUGUUGAUAUGGCAUCAAAUUGGUUUUGUCAUUUAGACUUCAGCAUAGUCACACUGUGUACAUAGAAUUUGUGUGCAUCAGAAUGUGUCAUUCGUUUUUGAUACAGAUGCAUGGAAAACAAUGAACUGUAAAGCAAAUUGUUUGGUUGGGUAUGAAUUUAAUAAAAUGCCUUAAACCCUUUAAAAAAAAAGGCUUGAUUAGGUGAUAGAUUGGAUGAACAUCUCAUGCUAAGAAGCCCAAACAUUUAAAUGACAUGGUGCAUGGUUUGUUUACCUGACUGCUAUUCAUGAGUAUGCUCUUAAAUCAACCAGGGGACCGACGGCUUUAAGUCCUCUCCAAGGGACUUGGUAAUAAAGAUUAAUGCCAUUCUAAAGGGCACUAGCGGAUUGACUUACAAGACCACUGCUCUACCACUGAGCCGUCGCUCCUCCAUGAAAAGUUCGCCGUGUAAUGUUGUGAAUUUUUCAAUCAUUCAUUGAUUAACUACCAAAAGUGCAAGUUAUGUUGUAUUUCAGCAUUGCAAUAAUUAUACAUUUGGUAAUUGGAGCAAACAAAUAGCAAGAGUUAGUCAGGCUUGGCGCUGUUCAAUAUACCAUAAUUUAUGACAAUAAACCAAUCACUAAGAGUAAACAUUAAAUCAUAAAAAAUUAGUUUGGGUUUGCGCUAGUUUUUGUUUGUUAUGAAAUAUAAGUUAUAUAACUCAAAUGUAUAUACACAAUGUGUAUUAACACUAUUUACACACUCUAAGUGAAUUUUUUACAAUAAAUGCAUCAAUAAUUAAAAUUAAUUAGAUUAUAUUCUUCAAGAUCUGUUUCAAAUAUAUGUCUAAAGCUUCUUCUUGAUGAAUAUUUGAAACAGAGCAUUCCAAAUACAUGCACCAGAAUAUGAAACGGAAUGUUUUCCUAUGUUUGUUUUUACUUUUAUGAGACUAACAUUCUGAUUUUCAUUACUUCUUGUUUCAUAAGCAUAUUGUCCAAAUGUAAAAUAAUCUAUAUAAAAAUGAGGAAGUUUGUUAUUUAAUAGAUCAUGGAUAAAGAUUGUAACCAUGAGACAAUAUUGUUUGAAUACAAUUAUACAAUUGUUAUUUUUAACUCCUAAAAAAAAGCUAAAUGGUGAACGUAACAUUUCUGUUUUAUUUGUAUUGUGAAUGAAAAGUGUAUGAAUAAUUAGUGAGAAUUCAGUUUCAUAUAAAACAAUGAGGAAGUUUGUUACUGAAAAGAUCAUGGAUAGCGAUUGCAACCCUGAGAUAAUAUCCUUUGAAUAAAACUAAUAUUUUUAAUUCUUAAAAAAGGAACUGAAUUGUGAAUGUAACAUUUCCUUAUUAAUAAUUUGUAUUGUCAUUGAAACUGUUGAAAGUAUAUAAUGUCCCUGUCUUAUAAAGAGUAUGGCUGAUCCAAAUCAAUUGUAAGUCCUCCAAUCAAUGGCAAGUUUGCAGACUCCUAUCUCUUAUGUACAUAUGUACAUUGAUAUCAAUCACAAAUAAGUUGCGAUUGAUAUCAACUCUUUAUAAGACGGGGGCCCUGGAGUGAUCAAGAGCCAUCGACUUUUGAUCACUCCUGGGCCUCUGUCAAGUUCUAGGAAAGGUGACAAAUAUUGUUAUUUUCAUUCUUUUUAUGUUAUAGUGUGGAAGAGUAGCAUAGAAAAAUGUUCAGUAAAAGGGAUGGCUCUUCAAAUGUCCUCUCAUUUGAAAUAUGACAAGUAACAGCUAAAGGCUUUCAUCCACAGUACAUGUGCCUCUUAGCAAAGGAGAGCUAAUUUCUUAUCAAUUUGAUGAUUCCAAAACCUCACAAUGUACACUACUACAUACGUGCUAGCUACAUGAUCAACCUUUCCAAUAGCUUCCACGGUCCACCGUUUCUUUCUUAUUGCAAUUGCAUGAUCAGAACUCGACUUUAUCUUGAUAAUCGAAUGGAGGAUAACAUGCAAUCAAUUUUUUUCAAACGAGCACUCUUUCUAUUGAUUAGAGAAUAAUGCAAUCCUUUGUGUACAUGUAUGAUACUUUGAGGUGAAUAUAUAUAUGUAUAAAAUUCCUGUUUUAGUUCUUCAUUAAUGUUUGUUAUGAUGUAUAUUGUAUUAAAGCUACCAAGCAAUGGUAAACGAAAAUA